UAUGCUUUUGUAUUUUAUUUUGUUGAUUUAGUAACUAAUAUGUUGCUUUUUCAGGUUGGUAAUGAUCGUCCAAGUUUUGAUAUUAUGGGUUCCUUGUUGGCCCAGUCUGAAAAUGUUGUAGAUUUGUUGGAAGAUAAAAAAAUUAUUGGGGAUGACAAUGUUAUAGAAGCAUCUAAAAGGGAUAGUGAGAGCACUGACGAUGGUAUUACAUCUGCUGAAAUGUUAAUUAUAUCAGAGAAAGUGGAUGCUGUUUGUCAUGAUUAUGAGUUGAAGAAGAGUAUGGUAUGAUUUGUAUAUAUUUAUGUAUGAUUAAUUUUUUAAUUAUUUUUUAAUUUUUUUUGACUUUUUGUUUUGGGUUUUCAUAUUAUUGUAGGAAAAAUCCAAAGUUAUUGAUUUGGGUAGUGCUGGUACCCCAAGGGAUUUGCAAGGUGUUAUUAGAAUUGACUUUGGGGAUUCGUCCGGAAAAUCUGUUAAGAUUGGUGAAACAAAGUAUUUGAAAGGUCUACACCCUUUCAAUUCUGAGUUGCUUGAUCCACCGCAUUAUCUUCAACAAGAUUCAUUUGAUGAGUGGUUUCUUGAUGGCUUUAAUGACCAGAAUAAGUAUUGUUAUUUUUUUACACAACUUUUUUUGUUUGAUGUUUAUCUGUAUAUGGUUAUUCACUAAUCUGUUACUUUUAAUAGGAAGAAGAAGUUUGUUAGAGGAAAGAACAUGUUGGAUGCACCUUUGGAUUUCUCAAUUGAUUCUGUUAGUGAUAAAUGGUGGUUUUAUGAUCUAUUGACGCCUGGGAGAUGUUUGUCUGACUCUCAUUUGGAUGUUAUAUUUUACUACUUGAGAAAGAAACUGAAGUAUGAUCCUCGGGUUACUGUUUCUGUAACUACGACAGAUUUUAAUUUUUACAACAAGGUGGUUGAGUUGUAUGAAAACUUUGUGAAGUCUAAGAAAAAUAUUGAUUCUGUGCCUAAGAGUAAUAUGGUAAUUGAGUAUAUGGAGGGGUAUUGUAUGUAUGCUAAUACUCGGUGGUUGUUUGUUGAUUAUGUUUUGAUAUAUGUUCAUGUCAAAGAUGAUCAACAUUGGGUUUUAGUUGUUUUUGAUAUAAGGAAUAGGUGUCUCAAUGUCUAUAAUUCAAUGUGGUCGAAAAGAGAUGGUGACAAGACGACAGGAUUGUAUAUCAGGCCUCUUGCUGUUAUGUUGCCAAUAUGUUUGCAUUUGAUGGACUUUUAUAAUCGAAGGGAGGAUAUUGACCGGAGCAAAGGUUGGUUUAGAGGGAAGAAAGACAGUGAGAAGCUUGAUGUGUUUACUGUGACUAAUCUGCCUCAGCAAUUGGAUAAGUAAGUGUAUGUUUUUUUUUGUUUUUAUGUUCUAGUUUGUAUAUUUUUAUUUAAUUUGUUUUUUUUUUGUUUGUUGCAGUGAUUGUGGGUUGUUUGUUGCUAAGUAUGCUGAGUUUUUUAUCCACAGUGCGAUUGAUUUACUUCCAAAUCCAUUAGAUGUGAAGUUCUUUAGAAACAAGCUUGCUGUGGAUCUGUAUGUUCAUGCUAAGAAGAAGGAGAUCAAUGGGUACGAGUCUGAAUCUGAGUUUCCAGUGAGGAUUGGAAGAAGUGGACAGAAAUGAAGGCUUAGGUUUAGAAGUGGACAGAUUGGAAAAUGCAUAGUAACUUUUUUGGAUUGUUUGUAAAUAGUUACAAUAUAGUAACUCUUUUGGAUAUUUUUAGUACCUUUUUGUGUUUCUAAGACUAAGUACAAUUUGUUGUUGUUAUUUUUUGCCUUAUAAUGGAUAUUGGCAAAGUAUUAUGUUGGAUAUAUAUUUUGGAUUUUUAGUGUGAUAUUUUUGUUGAAGUUUAUAAUGUUUUGUUGUAUGUAUGUUGAUUUUUUUUUUAAAGAUUGAUAUUAUUGAAUUAUUUAUAAAAAGGUGAUUCUAUUAUUUAUUUUUUUUUUAUUUUUUUUACAGGAGUUAUAAUUAGCAGUUGGGUAUGACAUAGGAAGAGUGACUGUAUUUUUAUAAGAUUAAUUAUAAUUAAGGUACACAUUAGUAACUGUUUCUUAUAUGAGAUUAAUGAUUGUAUCUUCAAAUUUUCCAUGUGGAAAUCUUUAUUUGAUGUUGAAUUAUUCAAACAGAACAUACAUGAAAAAAGAAGAAAUUUGGUUGCAGAUAGUAAUUGGAACGUAUUGUUCAUGUUUAUUUAGUAGUUGUAGGAAUUCAAUGUCUAUUUAGUAUCUUUUUCUCUUUGCGGAUGGUUCCAAUGGUUCAUUCUUGCAAGUCCUUCGGUUGUGUCCUCUUUUGAAGCAUUGUGUGCAUUGAUUCUGUGUUGCUUUCUCCAUUGCGGUCUUAUACCGUUGUUUUCUUGGCCUUCCUUCUGGUCUUUUGUG